AUGUUCGCCGGCUUACAUGCUGCUUGGCCGCAACUUGCUUUGCUCGGAUGCAAUGCCGGAUCAGAUAUGAUUAACACCAAACGCGCACUGGUGAACGUGAGCGAGAAUAUUUAUUAUUCAGCCAAAUACGAAUACAGGCAUGUCUUUCUACCCAAGGAGUUGCUAAACCGAAUGCCAAGAACUCAUCUAAUGUCUGAGACGCAAUGGCGUUCCAUAGGUGUACAACAAUCGCGUGGUUGGAUUCAUUAUAUGAUUCACUACCCGGAACCACACAUAUUGCUAUUUCGACGUCCUAUACAACAACAGUAAACGCAACAUAUUUAAUAUCAAAAAUAUCAAUUAUAUGUUCAGAUCAGGAGAAGUGCAAAAAGAACUCCUUUUUAUUCAUCAAAGCAAGCCAAGGCAAAUGUAGAUUGCAGAGCGCAUUUUUUUCCUUUUAUUUAUUUAUUUUUAUAUAUAUAUAUCAGCAGCUCACAAUUGGUUGAGGAAGCUACAUCAAGGGGUUGCUAUUCCAAUUUAUAUGUAGUUUGUUUCCCUUUUUUCAAUUGUACGCGAUAUGCUAUAUAUAUAUUCAGAGUGAUUUAUUUUUUCGGAUCAUAUUUUCAUUUGCGGUUCUGCUUGUUAAUGCAUUUCUUCAAUUUUCUCUCCUUUAAUGAGUUGGAUCUUGUUAUUAACGAUCCUUGCAUUCUGUCGAUUGUAUACUUUAGUCCUUCUGUGUUUUUUCCAUGACUCCCUGUAUAUGUUG